ACAGAUGUGUAUCAAUGGCUGUAGAGAUGCCUGUUGCCUGGGAUGCAAGUGAAUACAACAUGAAACACAAACGCAGGGGACAAGCUGUAAUUUUUAACCACGACACCUUUGACACAAAUGAUUAUGCACCUAGAGAAGGGUCCAAACUUGACGUCAAGAAAUUACAUGAAACCUUCACAUCUCUUCUAUUUGAAGUCACCAUUCAUAACAACCUGGAGUAUUCAGACAUCAAAGAAGCCAUUUCAGCAUUGGCUAAGGAGGACCAUUCAGAUGCUGACUGCCUAGCAGUAAUAGUGCUGACACACGGAGAAAGGGAGGGACGUCUUGUACCUCGAGACAGCGGCGUAUUCUACAAUGUGGAGAUGCUCUGGAAACCAUUUACAGCCGAUAAGUGCCCCAGCCUGGCUGGGAAGCCAAAACUUUUCUUUAUACAGGCAUGUCGAGGGAAGAAACUUGAUGCAGGAAUCAAGGUCAAGCAGCGAAGAAGUAUAGAGUUUGAUUCCAGCCCACCCUUGUGCAAGAUUCCAACUCAUGCCGAUUUUCUGUUUGCCCACAGCACUAUGGAAGGUUUUUAUUCAUUUCGUAAUCCAGACAAAGGAACUUGGUUCAUCCAGUCUCUAUGUAAGGAGCUAAACUCAACGGACAACUUACUACAGAUACUAACGAGGGCAACCCGACGUGUUACACAGCUGGAGUCUGAAAGCAACACACAGCAGUUCCAUGAACAGAAACAAGUCCCCUCCAUAACAUCCAUGUUAACACGGGACCUAUAUUUUCACCCUAAAAGUUGAACGGCAAAACCCCUACAACUACAGAAUGAAAUCUCAAAUAAUGUUAGAAGGUUUCAGACUGCAAAAGAUUUUAAACUUUAUGUAGUAAUUUUGAUUAAAUUCAUGUCAAAAAUAUUUAAGGAUUUUAACUGUUUGGUUAUGCUGGUGUCCAGUAUGAUAUAGAUACAAGAGUCAUGAAGAGAUUCUGUCAAGGAUGUUGGAAGUGAGGUAGAAGACCCAGGGUUAAUCCCAAAGCACCUCAACCACACUCACAUCCACACCUGCCACCCCACCACCACACACCAUAUGAUCCAGUAACUAUAGUAACUGGAGGAAGCACCCGACACCCCUGAGUUAAAUUUUAAUGUCUUGAGUUCAAAAUCCAGUUUUCAUGGGAAAAUGCUUGACAGCAAGUAAAAUCCCAGUACAGGGGUAGAGCAGCAAAUGAACAGGAUGAUCAUAAUGUUGUAUGAGUACAUGUGAAACUCAAGUGUAAUAUACAUUAAAAAAGCAGAAAAAAUGUGAUAUCUUUAUGAGAACAAAGCAAACUAUAACAAUAGUGUGCUGCAAAAACACAUGAUAACAUAUCUUACAUGCAGGACUUCACUACUGCAAUGUAUGAAGCACUUCAGCACAUUAAUGAAACAGACUUGUGUAAGAUUUGUAUCCUGUUUUUGUAUUUAGAAGCAUUUAUCAGAACAUGAUAUAUCUAAGCCAAGAACCCAAAGUGCAUGGGAACUGCACAAAACAUAUCUACAUACAGGCAAACCUCUACUUAUGAACUUUCAAAAAAUGAACAAUUCAUCUUUAUGAGUACUGCAACUCCCAAUUCACUUACCAAAAAUAGAACCCCACACUUAUUUGUAUUGCUAGUGGGGUGGGACUAAGUCCCUUGUACUACGGCCACUUCCUGCCUAUUGUACCAGCCCCAGA